AAUAAUUCUAAACACGCCGUACAGAUGAUACGUGCGACACGAACCAAGUAUACGUCAAUUUAUUGCAAUUGGCCGGUUCAAUGUUCAUGACAUAAUUGGUGACAAUUUAUAGCAAUAUGCCUUGUGGUAAUGCGGGACUGUCAUCACGCGAAUCAUUUAUCGCGCGUAUGUAUGUACACUGAUUUAGACAGGCCACGCGUACGUGUGUGUGUGUUGUUUGCAUGCGUGUAUACAUGCAUAUCCAACACAUAUGGUGUGGGUGUGACAGAUGACUGCUGAGAUACUCUUGAAAAUUUUGACGUUCGGUGAGCGCGCAAAUGUGAGACAUAUCUCAACGAACACGGUACAGUGGCAGUAAACUCGAGUUCUCUGGAGAAACCAGCUAUGUACAAAGUUCUCUCCAACGUGUCAAAGUACACAGUCUACAAUGGAUUACGUAAGACACCGUCCAUCCUGCAAGUUGCAUCUGUCACAAAGUUAAACCUAAAUAAGCAACCGAUCCCAAAACAACCUGUUCCUGAUCUCAAGCAAACUGCGGAACGUUACUUGAGAUCGUUAAAGCCAUUGUUGACUGACAACGAAUACAAAAAUACCGAGAGGAUUGUCGGUGAAUUUAUAAGCCACACGGGCGCAGGACCUCGGUUACAUGCUAAAUUAUUGGAGAGAUAUCAAAACACCGAUAACUGGAUGAAACAAUGGUGGCUGGAAACCGCAUACUUAGGAUACCGUUUGCCUGUGAUCGUGCACUCCAGCCCUGGGACCGUUGGGCCACCAAUUACUUUCCAUCAAUCAGAUGACUUCUACGUGUACGCGGCGCGCCUCGUUGCUGCUGUGUGCGAUUACAAUGAGAUGGUCAAGAGCGAGAAUAUGAAACAAGAAAUGGCUCGCAAUGAUCCGCUCGACAUGCAGCCUUACGGCAUGAUACUCGGUACGCACAGGCGACCCAACGAAGUGAUGGACAAACUGUUGCACACAGACGAGGCCAAGCACAUAAUAGUCAUAAGCAAUAAUAAUUUCUUUAAACUUUGUGUUGUCGAUAAAAACGGCGUUUUAAACGAGGGCAAGCUCGUGGCUGCCAUAAAAGAUAUCGCAGAUCGCUCGUGUACCCAAGGGAAGCCCGUGGGGAUUUUAACUGGGAACGACAGAGACACUUGGGCGAAGGACCACAGCUUACUUUUAGAACUGGGUAACAAUAGGAGUAUAAUCGAGGAUAUAGAAAGUUCCCUGUUUAUAAUGUGUCUGGAUAAGGAUAUACCUAAAGAUACUUUUAAGGAGAAGAAUAACGCCUCGGUCAGAGCGGUUCAAACUAUGACAGGCUACAGCAGCUGUAUAAACGCUGGUAAUAGGUGGCACGACAAGACUGUGCAGUAUAUAGUAUCCGCCGAUGGUUGCAUUGGCAUGGAAUACGAACACUGUCCAUGCGAGGGAGUUCCGGUUGCUGUCCUUCACGAUUAUGUAUUGAAAUAUAUAGCGGCGAGGGAAAAUAGCGCGAGGGAUGCAAACUCCGCGAAUUUCCCGAGACCGGAACUGUUGAAGUUCGAAACUAACGACGCUAUAGACUGUGCGAUCGAGAUAGCUACUGACGCGGUGGAUAAGCUUUCAGAUGACAUAGACAUGGAGUGUUUUACAUUUGACAAAUUCGGCGCGGACACUAUUAAAGGGAUUAAACUGAGUCCCGACAGUUUCAUCCAGAUCGCGAUGCAAGUGACGUUCUAUCACUUACAAAGAAAGGCGCCGGCUCAUUACGAAAGCGCGGCGUUACGAAGAUUCAUAAAUGCCAGAACCGAGUGCAUCAGAUCCACCAGCACCGAGUCGGUCGAGUUCGCGAAAGCGAUGCUUCCGGAAGAGCGCAAGAGCAAGCAGCAAAAGAAGGAACUGAUGGUUCGAGCUAUAAACGCUCACAAAGAAUACGCCGCACAAGCGGCGACGGGUCAAGGCGUCGAUCGGCACCUGUUCGGCUUAAAGAUGAUAGCGAAAGGCGAAGGUAUGGAGCUCCCUGAAUUGUACAAGGACGUUGGCUACACCAGAAGUACAUAUUUCAAUUUAACGUCGAGUCAGGUGCCGUAUAAGUCAGCGUCUUUCAUGUGCUACGGACCGGUCGUUCCCGACGGCUACGGUUGCUGCUACAAUCCGCGACCGAAGGACAUUCUGUUCGCCUGUUCGUCGUUUAAAUCGUGCCGAGAGACCGACACGCGGGAGUUCGCUCGCGUUUUACAGCAGACACUGUCCGACAUGCGGGACAUAGGAAGUGAAUGAAAUUGCUCAGAAACUCUUUCGCGAUGCUACAGCGACGGGGGAAAAAGUACCGAGGUUAAUAUUUUUAUAUAGUGUACGACGGCAAAAAAAUAUGAGAUGCGCUCGAGUCAAGCGGAUUUGUUUUGUAUAAACUUUUUAUUGCGCGAAAUAUAUGCUGACGAUCCGAAACGAUCUUCGCAGAGUACAUACCACUUUCUUGACUUAGUCUGCUCUGCCACGUCACAAUUGUAUUUUGUAUUAAUAAAACACAUGUAUAAUAAUUAA